UUCUCCUAUGCUGGAAAACAUUUCAAGAGGUCUUCCAGAGUUAUUUAUGCUGUGCUCUUUUCUAUACUCGCCCAGUCUCCUUCUGCCACCACUUACUCCCUGACCACACCUGGCUUGCCCCCUGGAUGGGAAGAGAGGAAAGACGCCAAAGGAAGAACAUAUUACGUCAACCAUAACAACCGCACCACAACCUGGACUAGGCCCAUUGUGCAGCUCACUGAAGAUGGAGCAAGUACAUCUGCCACAGCCUCUGGAGGAGCAUCAGCGUCAGCCUUGGCCCCUGCCUCCACCCCCUCCUCCUCCAAUGCUUCCAGCAACCACCUCCACGAGCCCCAAGUCCGACGACCUCGUAGCCUCAGCUCCCCCACUGUCACCCUCUCCACUCCCUUAGAGGGAGCCAACAAUAUUCCUCUGCGAAGGGCAGUCAAAGACACCUUCUCCAACCCGCAGUCUCCUCAGCCGUCACCCUAUAGUUCACCCAAGUCGCAACAUAAGACACAACAGAGCUUCCUGCCCCCCGGCUGGGAAAUGAGAAUAGCCCCUAAUGGACGACCUUUCUUCAUCGACCACAACAGCAGAACAACCACUUGGGAUGAUCCCCGAUUAAAGUAUCCUGUCCAUAUGAGGAAUAAGAACUCAAUGGAACCUGGUGACCUUGGUCCGCUUCCUCCUGGAUGGGAAGAAAGGGUCCACACAGAUGGUCGCACCUUCUACAUUGAUCACAAUACAAAGAACACUCAAUGGGAAGACCCUCGCCUGCAGAGUCCAGCCAUCACAGGACCAGCUGUCCCCUACUCAAGAGAAUUCAAGCAGAAAUAUGAUUAUUUCAGGAAGAAAUUAAAGAAACCGGCGGACAUUCCCAACCGCUUUGAGAUGAAGCUGCACAGAAACAACAUCUUUGAAGAGUCCUACCGCCGCAUUAUGUCUUUGAAAAGACCAGAUGUCCUGAAAGCUCGGCUCUGGAUUGAGUUUGAGUCUGAGAAAGGCCUGGACUAUGGCGGAGUGGCCAGAGAGUGGUUCUUUCUCUUGUCUAAAGAGAUGUUUAAUCCUUACUAUGGAUUAUUUGAAUAUUCUGCUACAGAUAAUUACACUCUUCAAAUCAACCCUAAUUCUGGCCUCUGCAAUGAGGAUCAUCUGUCAUACUUCAAGUUCAUUGGUCGUGUGGCAGGAAUGGCUGUGUUUCAUGGAAAGCUGUUAGACGGAUUUUUUAUUCGACCAUUUUACAAAAUGAUGCUUGGAAAGCAGAUUUCUUUAAAAGACAUGGAGUCUGUGGAUAGCGAAUACUACAACCUCAAGUGGAUCCUUGAAAAUGAUCCCACUGAGCUAGAUUUAAGGUUCUGCAUUGAUGAAGACAACUUUGGACAGACAUACCAGGUUGAUCUGAAGCCCAAUGGUUCUGACAUGGUGGUGACCAAUGAGAACAAAAAGGAAUACAUUGACCUAGUCAUCCAGUGGAGAUUUGUGAACCGCGUGCAGAAGCAGAUGAAUGCUUUCCUGGAGGGUUUCACAGAGCUCAUUCUCAUAGAUCUUAUCAAGAUAUUUGAUGAAAAUGAAUUGGAGCUGCUCAUGUGUGGUUUGGGUGAUGUAGAUGUCAACGACUGGAGACAACACACUGUUUACAAGAAUGGCUACUGCCCUAAUCAUCCAGUUAUACAGUGGUUUUGGAAGGUUGUGCUGUUAAUGGAUGCUGAAAAAAGGAUCCGACUUCUUCAAUUUGUCACUGGAACGUCACGGGUGCCAAUGAAUGGCUUUGCUGAACUAUAUGGUUCUAAUGGCCCGCAGCUGUUCACCAUUGAGCAAUGGGGGACACCAGACAAGCUGCCAAGAGCUCAUACAUGUUUCAACCGCUUGGAUCUCCCAGCCUACGAUUCCUUUGAAGACCUGAGGGAAAAACUUCUCAUGGCUGUGGAGAAUGCGCAGGGCUUUGAGGGCGUUGACUAAAGUGUCUGUGGCGACACACUGCACAACAAGCAAUCCAAACCAGACACAGGCCACAGGGAAGUCCAAGCAGCUGUUGGUCGUAGCAGUUCUCUCUGAGCAUGUUGUACUGUAAUCUUAACUGCAACAUGACACACGGCAGCCACUUUUUGGAAAAGUUAUGUCUUCAUCUUUCAAUCUUUUUAAUGUGAGUUCACUACUUGGGGGUGCUGUGGAGGAAUAGUGAGCCAAAUGCUGCGCCUUUCUAAUGAACCGGCGUGAACAGUGACUGACUAGCUGGCCCCUGUACAGUCUAAUUUACUAUUCUCUUUGUCCUGUGAAAAUCUACAGUGCUGGAAUAACACUAAUGCAUUUCAAGAGCUCCUUUGUGUAUGUUAUAGCACAGUAUUUGAGCACCCUUCAGUGAAUGGGUCCAAGCAUGGCCUUAAUCUGGCUCAUUCAUGCACUAUUUCUCUAUAAAACCUGCAAAGGCACUAUGAUCACACAAUUCUCAGAUCCUUUGACCAACACCAGAUUACCUUAGGAAUGCUAGCCAAUCAAAAAUCAGGAAAUGGGCAUACUUCACAGUAAAGCCUUGUCUAAGUUUUGUGGUCAUUUAUUGCUGCUGCAGCCUUUUAUAAAAUAAUUUACUCAUUUUUUUUUUAGCUAUAUGGAAGGGUUUGAGAAUGGGGGAUGCAAAAGUCCCAAAAGAUGAAUUUUAUAGUUUUUGUGAGUUUUCAUGGAAAAAGGAGAUUUUUUUAAAUCAUUAGUUAUGAAUAUGAUUCUUAUAGGAAUUUCCUCUCAAACCUAUUUGUACUGAUGAACAAUAAUGUUUACUAUUUUGACAGUUCAAUAUAAUCAUGUGAUGUGUAAGGCUAGUCUGGGGAAUAAUGAGUUCAUAUCAUUUGUUAAAGUGAUAGCAAAUAUGUUGCAUAAAAUGGUUUAUAUUGUAUUUCUACGGAAACAGCAUGAAACUGUAUCCUGUGUUUGCUUUAAAUGCAUAGUUAAUGAACGUGCAAUCAGUCUUGAUGGAGGGCCAACUAAAAAGUUGGUUAGUUGCAUUGUUAUAACAAUAUUCUUCUGCCUGUUUCUGUUCAUAAUGCUGUAAAUUGUUAUUGGAAAAAAUUAAGUCCUUUCAUGAUAUAUAAAUAUGUGUAUAACAUUAAAUAGAAGUAUUACUGAUUAAUGACACUAAAUGAAGCUGUGCGUGCAGGUGAUUGAAAGAGAAGCUGUGAUUGUCACUAAAUUUAAAUUGCAUGUUAAGAUUUAUGUUUUCUUUUAUAACACCUAUGAACCAAAAGGGCACUUUAUUGAUCACUCCAAGGUUAUGUGAGUAUUGUACAUCUUAUAUCAUUAACAUGAAUGUGAUUCUUUCUUUCCAGUUGGAGCACUUACUUGGUGCAAUAUACAAUAGUCUAAGUCUUAGCUGCUACUAACAAUAAAACAGAUUGACAGAA